AUGUCUACUGUGGGUAGUAACAAUAUCCUGACCGAGGUGGUCGCCACCCGUCCCCCGGCAAAGGUCGACGAAGCCACUCGCAGGGUCUCGGUCACUCUACCUGGCGACGUUGAGACGGCCGCCCAGCAUACCCGACAAGCAAGCACGGCCGCCAGCACGGCCGCCAGUGAACACUUUCUAGACCACGAUGACAACUUUCCCGCCCCUACAGAAGAAGAGAAGAAGACGUUGCGCAAGGUGGCUGCUCAUGUUCCCAUCACAUCAUUUGCCUUGUGUUUGGUUGAGUUUGCCGAGCGGGCAUCAUACUACGGAGCGAAGACGGUGUUUAACAAUUUCAUCCAAUUUCCUCUACCAGCAGGCGGAAAUGGAGCCGGUGCUCCUCCACGACAUACGCAAAAAACCGCCGGCGCUCUCGGCAUGGGAUUGCAAGCCAGCUCUGCCCUCACGCUCCUCUUCACGUUUUUGGCCUACGUGAUCCCCAUCUUUGGCGGCUGGUUGGCCGACGUCCACACGGGCCGAUACAAAGCCAUCGUCAUUGGCGUCCUUCUCGCCGGCGUGGCCCAUCUCAUCCAACUGUUCGGGGCCAUUCCGUCGGUGCUGCGCAAGGGCAAGGAUCACGCCGCACCGCCCUUCAUCAUCGGUCUGAUCAUCUUGGCCUUUGGCACCGGCAUCUUCAAACCGAACAUUGCGCCCACCGUCCUGGACCAGAACCGACACCAGAAGGCCUACACCAAGGUCCUGAGCAGUGGCGAGAAGGUCAUUGUCGACCCGGAAGCCACCGCCACGCGGACCAUGCUCAUUUUCUACGGCCUCACCAACGUCGGCGCGUUCUAUAUGCUGGCCACCACCUAUUCCGAGAAGUAUGUGGGCUUCUGGCUGGCAUUCCUGCUCGCCGGCACCAUCUAUUUCCUACUGCCUAUCUUGUUGGUCGGCAUCUACAAACGAACCUACAAGGCCCCUCCGGCGGGCAGUUCCGACUUGACCAACGCGUUUAAAAUCAUCUGGUUCGCCUUGAAGACGAGCAAGUUUCGUUUCUGGAGGAAGGACCUGUGGGAGAGAGCCAAGCCGAGCGUGCUUGCGACACAGGGCGUGACGGUCAGUUGGACGGAUGACCUUGUCGAAGACAUUGCCCGAACCAUAGGGGUUUGCGACAUCUUUCUCUACAUGCCCAUCUGGUACCUCAACGACGGCGGCAUCGGGUCGGUAGCGACCAACCAAGCUGCGGCCAUGACGACGAACGGGGCGCCGAAUGACCUACUGAGCAAUUUCAACCCGUUGACCAUCAUCGUGACGGUCCCGUUCCUCAGCUAUGUCUUCUAUCCGCUGUUGCUCCGAUUCAACAUCAAACUAGGCCGGAUCACUCGGCUCACGAUCGGAUUCUGCAUCGCCACGCUCAGCUCCAUGUUCGGCGCCCUGAUCCAAUGGCGCGUGUACAAGACGUCGCCGUGCGGCUUUCACGCGUCCACGUGCGACGACGUCUCUCCCGUCAGUGUGUGGUGGCAGGUGCCUAUCAUGGUUUUCGCCGCCUGGGGCGAAUGUUUCUGCGCCGUCACCUCGUACGAGCUGGCGUAUGCGCGGGCGCCCCCGAGCAUGCGAGGUUUACUCACCGCGGUCUUUCUGUUCAUGAAUGGUCUGGCGAGUGCCCUGGGCGAGAUCUUGAUCCCGGCCACCAAGGACCCUUGGUUGAUUUAUAUCUGGGCCGGGCCGGCUGUCGCGCUGGCGGUUCAGACGGUUAUUUUCUGGUUCCGCUUCCGCCAUUUGAACAACGACGAGUUCAUGAUCGACCAUGAGAAAGAGCAUCAAGAGAGUCGUCCGAGUGUGUCGGAUCCUGGAUCGGAGAAGAAUACAAUAGAGAAGAUUUGA